GAAAACCUAACCUACCAAGGUCUCAAUAACACUUUUGUUGAUCGUGACAGCACUUGCUAAGUCUAAAGUUCGUUUUGAGUGAAGUAAAAUAAACGAAAUUGUUGUUGGUAUAUUUUUUGCGUAAAUUUCGGUCCAAUAUCGAGAAAUUUUAUUUCAAAUAACUUAGAUCAAAUUUACCUAAAACGAUUGAUUCCAAAUUUCCAAGAUGAUGCAGUCAGUGAUUAAACUAGGCGCAAUUUUAUUGCUACACCAGUCAUUAGUUAAUGCCCAUACUUAUCACUGGGGUGAUAAAUGUCUCGAUUUAGAACCAGUCAAGAAUUUCGAUGCCAACCGAUUCUCCGGAGUUUGGUACGCGAUUCAAAAAACAUCUACCGCUAGUCCCUGUUUGUUGUACAACGUUACGGCCACAGAUUUUAGAAAAAUUUACAACAUUACCCAAGUUAGCGUUAAUCCACUUGUCGGUCUAGUCAAAAAUAACCUUUAUCGUUACCAGGGACAUUUGGAAUUAUCAGAUGAAACGAAAUCUGGAAAACUGACCGUUAAAUUUCCUCUCAGUGUGGCUGGCACUGCUUCGUAUAUUGUAUUCGAUACAGACUAUGAGACCUACGCUGGAGUGUACAGUUGUCAAAGUUUGAAAGUUGCACACAGACACACAGCCAUGAUUCUUUCGAGAAAAACAACGCUUGAUAAGCCCAUCGUUGAAAAACUUCGUGACCGAUUAUCACGCGAUCAAGUGAAUCCAUUCGAUUUAUCGAUUAUCAACCAUGACAACUGUAAUUACAAUACCAACUUUACUCUCGAAGUUAAUGAGCACACAUUCAGCAAGGACAAUUUUAAGAAAAUCGGUAAAAACAUAGCCAGCGCCGUAGGAGAUGCUGCCGAUUUCGUAUACCAAGGAGCGAAAAAAAUAUACCAUUACGUAAAGAAAGAUCCGCAAGAAAUUGAAAACGAAAAAUUGAAAGAAUAUUUGCUAAAAAGAUCAAAAGCAAAAGAUAUUAAAGAAAUUGAGGAACUCGAUAAUGAUUCACAUCCUCAAGUGAACUUCUUUUAAUAAAUCAAACUGCAUUUCUCAGUUUAAACUUUCAUGUACCUAAUUUAACUCGUCUCAUCAAGUUUUAUUUUAUAAUUUAAAUUAUUCCAUUUUGCAUUUAUGUAUGUAUUUUAUUGCAAUACGUUUUUUAAUGGUAUUUUUUCAUGUGCUGUAAGAUUAUAGUGAGAUAAAAAACGAAUUUUAUUCAAAAAAAAUGUUUCUUUUAAGUUA